AUGCCGACCGAUAUAACCACUCCUGUUGGUUUGGCUGUGCCGACCACGAAACCUCAAACGGGCUCCCCAGAAGUGGCCCAAGAUAAGACUCACACGCCAUCGCAAAGGUAUCUGUCUACCAGAGGAGGCUCUUAUGGCCUCUCCUUCGAGGAAGUCGUCUUGAAAGGUCUCGCAGCUGAUGGCGGCCUUUUCAUCCCCGAAGAGAUCCCCACACUUCCCCAGGACUGGCAAUCGAAAUGGCAGAGCCUCUCCUUCUCCCAGCUAGCCCUCGAAAUUCUCUCCCUAUACAUCUCUCCCUCCGAAAUCCCACGCGCAGAUCUGAAAAAGAUCAUUGAUGCCAGCUACUCCACCUUCCGAGCCCCAGAAACAACCCCCCUCGUCUCGCUCAACGAAAAGGACAAUUUAUAUCUACUCGAGCUUUUCCACGGCCCAACAUUUGCGUUCAAAGAUGUCGCCCUACAAUUCCUAGGAAACCUCUUUGAAUACUUCCUCGUCAGGAGGAAUAAGGGCAAAUCCGGAAAGGAUAGACACCACCUCACCGUUGUGGGAGCAACUAGUGGUGACACUGGAUCUGCUGCAAUCUACGGCUUGAGAGGCAAAAGAGAUAUAUCGGUCUUUAUCCUCCAUCCCAAGGGAAGAGUCAGCCCUAUACAAGAGGCACAGAUGACUACAGUCCUCGACGCCAAUGUGCACAAUUUAGCCGUUGAGGGAACUUUUGAUGACUGCCAAGAUACCGUCAAAGCCCUCUUCGCCGACCCUGCAAUCAAUGAGACCCUGAGGUUAGGGGCAGUUAACUCGAUUAAUUUUGCAAGAAUAUUAGCACAAACGACAUACUACUUCUACGCAUAUUUUACGCUCCUCAAAUCCGAGUCAUAUAAACCAGAUCAUAAAAUACGCUUCGUGGUGCCCAGUGGAAAUUUUGGGGAUAUCCUAGCUGGCUACUUUACUAAGCGGAUGGGGUUGCCAAUUGACACGCUCGUGGUUGCGACGAAUGAGAACGAUAUCCUGGAUCGAUUCUGGAAGACGGGGCGUUAUGAGAAGAACGCCGUCCACGGAGCCGAAGCACAAGGCGGCAUUCCAGCAGAUGGAGUUAAAGCCCAUGAAGAUGGCGUGAAGGAAACAUUAAGUCCGGCGAUGGACAUCCUCGUAUCCAGCAAUUUCGAACGGCUGCUCUGGUUCUUGGCAUAUGAGUAUGCUGCUCAUACAGGAUUCGAUGAUGAAUGGAAUAAGAAGCAAGCGGGCCAAGAAGUUGAGUCGUGGCUGAAACUGCUUAAGUCGAAUGGAGGAUUUAAUGUUCCUUCGGAGGUUUUGGAUAUAGCACGAAGAGACUUCGAUAGUGAGCGAGUUAGCGAUUCGCAGACCAUCGAGACAAUUAAGCAGUUCUACGCUAACCCACAAACAAAUGGGGCUGCGGGUGCUGCUUCGAAGGGCGGGUAUAUACUAGACCCUCACUCUGCCAUUGGAGUCGCAGCUGCACUACGAUCCAUGGAAAGAGCAUCUCCUUCACAAACAUAUCACAUCUCACUUGCAACGGCACAUCCAGCUAAGUUUGCGAACGCAGUUGACCUUGCAUUGAAGGAUGAGCAAGGGUACAGCUUCGACACUGUGCUCCCUGCAGAGUUUGUUGGCUUAGAAAAGAAGGAGAGGAGAGUGAGAUCGGUACCUAGAGGGGCGGGGUGGGAAGGUGUUAGAACAAUUGUGCUAGAGGAGGUUGAGGCGGAGUUGAAGGGCGCUCAAUGA